AUGAACGUCACCUGGGUGAUGGGAUUCCCCGAUGGCGACGAACAGGGUACUUUCCUCGCCCUCGACAUGGGUGGCACCAACCUGCGUGUCUGUGAGAUCACCCUGACCCAGGAGAAGGGUGCUUUCGACAUCACCCAGUCCAAGUACCGCAUGCCUGAGGAAUUGAAGACCGGUACCGCCGAGGAGCUGUGGGAAUACAUCGCCGACUGCCUGCAGCAGUUCAUCGAGUCCCACCACGAGAACGAGAAGAUCUCCAAGCUGCCCCUGGGUUUCACCUUCUCCUACCCCGCGACUCAGGACUACAUCGACCACGGUGUCCUGCAGCGCUGGACCAAGGGUUUCGACAUUGAUGGUGUUGAGGGCCACGACGUCGUCCCUCCGUUGGAGGCCAUCCUGCAGAAGCGCGGCCUGCCCAUCAAGGUGGCUGCGCUGAUCAACGACACCACCGGAACCCUCAUCGCCUCUGCUUACACCGACACCGACAUGAAGAUCGGCUGCAUCUUCGGUACUGGUGUCAACGCCGCCUACAUGGAGAACGUUGGCUCCAUCCCCAAGCUGGCCCACAUGAACCUGCCCGCCGACAUGCCCGUGGCUAUCAACUGCGAGUACGGCGCCUUCGACAACGAGCACGUCGUGCUGCCCCUGACCAAGUACGACCACAUCAUCGACCGUGACUCGCCCCGUCCCGGUCAGCAGGCCUUCGAGAAGAUGACCGCCGGUCUGUACCUGGGUGAGAUCUUCCGUCUGGCCCUGAUGGACCUGGUGGAGAACCGCCCCGGCCUCAUCUUCAACGGCCAGGACACCACCAAGCUGCGCAAGCCCUACAUCCUGGAUGCCUCCUUCCUGGCGGCCAUCGAGGAGGACCCUUACGAGAACCUGGAGGAGACUGAGGAGCUCAUGGAGCGCGAGCUCAACAUCAAGGCUACCCCGGCGGAGCUGGAGAUGAUCCGCCGCCUGGCCGAGCUCAUCGGCACGCGUGCCGCUCGCCUGUCGGCCUGCGGUGUUGCCGCCAUUUGCACGAAGAAGAAGAUCGACUCGUGCCACGUUGGUGCUGACGGCUCCGUCUUCACCAAGUACCCUCACUUCAAGGCACGCGGAGCCAAGGCUCUGCGGGAGAUCCUGGACUGGGCUCCGGAGGAGAAGGACAAGGUGACCAUCCUGGCGGCCGAGGAUGGAUCUGGUGUGGGAGCUGCGCUGAUUGCGGCGCUGACCCUGAAGCGGGUCAAGGCCGGCAACCUGUGCGGUAUCCGGAACAUGGCCGAUAUGAAGACCCUGCUAUAA